AUGGCGUUUGAUGGGGCCUGGAAGAUCGACCGGAACGAGAACUAUGACAAGUUCAUGGAGAAGAUGGGCAUCAACAUGGUGAAAAGGAAGCUGGCGGCCCACGACAACCUGAAGCUGAUCAUCAGCCAGGAAGGAAGCAAGUUCACCAUCAAAGAGUCCAGCACCUUCCGGACCGCCGAAAUCACUUUCGAUCUUGGUGUGACUUUUAACUACAGCCUCGCGGACGGCACUGAGCUCACUGGGACCUGGAGCCUGGAGGGAGACAAACUCGUCGGGAGAUUCAAGCGGGUGGACAACGGGAAGGAGCUGAACGCUGUCCGAGAAAUUGUUGGUGGCGAGCUGGUCCAGACUUACGUGUACGAAGGGGUAGAAGCCAAGAGGAUCUUCAAAAAGGAGUGAGCGGCGCCUGCAGCUCAGCGGGGCCCACAGGGACGCUGUGCCCGCCUCCCCCGAGUGCAGUGAACUGACGGGCCGGCCCGUCCAUGCACGACCCCGACUCCGCGUCCAGUCUCGCAAAGCAAAGACGUGAAAGCCAAUUCGGGUUCCACAGGGGUACGCUCUCCAAGAUGCACACUGAUGGGUGUUCUGA